UCUCACUAUCAAUAUAUAGUGGAGGUUCCAAGGGUUUACAACAAAGGAGAGAAUCUACACAUUUAUUACAUAUUGACCACAAAGAUAUAAUCUUGGUCAAAGCUCAUAAAUGCUCCGGUUGAAUGAGUCUUCAUCUUGACUAGUCUUGGACGGAUGAGACGAACCGGAGACGGGUGUAGACGGACCGGAUAGUCGGGUCAGAUGUAAACCUCCCUGAUGGUUAAUGGCAAUCCACAUAUCCAUAUCAUGGAUUUAUAACAGAAUUGAAUAUUUUCUCGGAGCUUUUGAGAAACAAUUUAAACACACCCACUCAGCUGGUAGCAAAAGUAGAAACAAAUCAUGACAAGCUCAAACUCAUCAAUGAUGAGCAUCUUUCUUCGUACCAUUGUUCUUCUCUAUUCAAUUUCAAGAAUUUUGAGCACUUUUGCUUCUUCUCCUGACCAAAGUGAUAUUCUUUUGGAGUUCAAGAACGAGUUUAAGAUUCACAAGUCGUGUGAGUUUCUUGAUCCGAAGACGAAAUCAUGGGCAAACAAGAGCGACUAUUGCAACUGGCAAGGUGUAACGUGCGAAACCAAGUCGGACAAGGUGAUCGGGCUAGAACUUAGCUGCAGCUGUCUUCAUGGCCGGCUCAAACCAAACAGUAGUCUAUUUAGACUGCAGCAUCUCAGGAGUCUUAACCUUGCUUAUAACAGCUUCCUUGAUUCCACAAUCCCAGCAAAGUUCAAUAAACUCAUGGGCUUGGAGAGGCUUAACCUGUCCGAGUCUUCAUUUUCCGGUCAGAUUCCAACAGAAAUUGUUCAACUAACCAAUUUGGUGUCUCUUGAUCUGUCUUCUUAUAGACCAAGUAAUUUAUCCAUUGAGGAACCAUCAUUUAUCCGUCUUCUUGCUCUAAACUUGAGGAACCUUAGAGAACUACAUAUGAGCUAUGUGAACAUCUCUUCAGAAAUCCCAAAAGAGUUUUCAAACAUGUCGUCUCUGAGAUCGCUUACUCUUGAGAACUGCAACCUACUGGGAAUAUUUCCGAGCAAUGUUUUUCUCAUACCCAACUUACAUCUCAUUAACCUCAAUGAUAAUCCCAAACUUAGAGGUCAACUUCCUGAUUUUCAUGUAAAUAAGUCUCUGCAAAGGAUAAGCAUUGACAUGACAUCCUUUUCAGGUAUCAUUCCAUCUUCACUUGGCAAUCUAAAACAGUUGAUAUAUUUUGAUGUCUUUAGUAACAAACUCAGCGGGAACUUUCCAUCUGCACUACUCAAUUUGACCCAGCUGAGUACUCUCGAUCUCUCUUAUAACCAAUUUUCAGGUUCCCUUCCACCUAAUAUAAGCCAACUCUCCAGAUUAGAUUCUUUUUCUGUGGGCGGAAAUUCUUUUGUUGGAGUCAUUCCUGCAUCCCUAUUCAAGAUUUCCUCACUGACUCGCAUCGAUUUGGAUAUAAAUAAAUUCAGUGACCUCCUUGGCAUUGAGAAUAUCUCUUUGUUGCCUAAUUUAGAAUAUUUGUUUCUUGGCGGUAACAAUUACUCGGUCAACGUCAUCCCUGUUGACUUAAAUCUCUUUCCGCCUCUCAAACACCUAUCAGGAUUAUCUCUCUCGGGAAUCCCUCUUUCAACUACAAACAUCACUUCUGAUUUUUCGUCAGAUUUGGAGUUUUUGUACCUGUCAAAAUGCAAAGUCUCUGAGUUCCCCGAGUUCAUUAGAAACAAUCCAAAUCUACAUGAUCUUGUCCUUUCCAACAACAAAAUGAAAGGUCAAGUACCAGACUGGCUGUGGAGGCUACCAGAGUUGGACUAUUUGGAUCUUUCUAGGAACUCUUUCAGUGGCUUCAACGGAUCCUUGAAUCUAAGUUCAAAUGCUUUCCAAGGUCCACUAUUCAUCCCAUCAAGUUCUAUCGAAUUUUUGUUUGCCUCUAAGAAUAACUUCACCGGUGAGUUACCUUCUUCAAUAUGUGGAUCAACCUCUCUAUACAUCCUAGAUCUAUCAAACAACAACUUCAGCGGCUCAAUUCCUUGGUGCUUCAUGACUUCUCUUGGUGAUCUAAAGCUUCAUAACAAUAGCCUCAACGGAACUCUUCCUGACAUAUUUAUCAACGCGACGAAGCUACUGUCACUUGACGUCAGUCACAACCUAUUGGAAGGAAAGCUUCCUGCAUCUCUCAUCAAUUGCUCUUCUCUGCAAGUUCUAAACUUGGAAAGCAACAAAUUCAAGGAUACCUUCCCAUUCCAGUUGAGUUCUUUGCCGAAUCUACAAGUUCUUGUCCUCCGCUCCAAUAACUUCUAUGGCAAGUUACAUCACUCUGACGGUGUUUGGUCUGGAUUUCCUCAGCUGAAAAUCAUCGAUGUAUCACAUAAUGACUUCCUCGGCACCUUACCGUCUGACUACUUCCUGAACUGGACUGGGAUAUCCUCCAAGACAGGCGACAACUCUACAGAGCCAGACUACAUUGGGGCUUUUCUUGCCCACCGAUACUACACUUCAAUUGUGUUGAUGGCUAAAGGUGUAUCAAUGGAGAUGGAACGUAUCCUCGAAAUCUACACGGCCGUCGAUUUUUCAGGAAACCAACUCCAUGGACAAAUUCCUGAAUCUAUUGGUCUACUAAAAGAACUUCGUAUCCUGAACUUGUCCAGCAAUGCUUUUACGGGCCACAUCCCAUCAUCUUUGCCCAACCUCACUGUGUUGGAAUCACUUGACCUAUCCCAAAACAAGCUCUCUGGUGAGAUUCCUCCAGAGCUUGGAAAGCUUUCUUCACUUGCGUGGAUUAAUGUUUCACAUAAUGAGCUUGUAGGCUCCGUACCACAAGGCACACAAUUUCAGAGACAGAAUUGCUCAUCCUACGAGGGGAAUCCUGGACUUCUUGGUCCUUCUCUUAAAGACGUUUGUGGAAGUCGUAUUGAGCCAACAUCACAACAAUCUAAACGGCCGGAGUCAUUACAAGAAGAGGAAGGAUGGUUGAGUUGGAUGGGAGCAGGGAUAGGAUUUGCACCUGGAGUUGUAUUUGGAAUCACCAUCGGAUACAUAGUGACUUCAUACAAGAUUGAGUGGUUCAUGAAGAUUUUUGGCCGGACGAGAACUUGUUAGCUCAUUGGUGUUCUUUUUCUAAAUCUCUGUUGAAUGAAUGUAUUGUUGUUUCUCAUUAAAAUCAAAAGUGGCUCUUAAUAAACAAUCGUUCACUAAACUUGGUAAUGAGUUUUAAUUUAUGAAAGUCACUCAAAAUAGAAAACACUUAACAGAAUCAAACUGUUCUCUGAAUACUGAACGAAAACAAAAGGGAGAAAAAAAAAAAACGUGAAUUUCUAAGACCAGACAUGUCCUA